GCCAGCAGCGCGCCAGCACCGCCAGUUCGCGGUGGUAGUCGCGGCGCGUCACAGGGUGGCCGACGGAAGACUCGGCGCGCGACACCUGUCGCCGCGUAGACGGACACGACGAACACGCACUUCGCCGCCAGCACCAUGACCACCGUGCUGCGCCAGCUGUGCACCUGCGGAGGAUGGCUGAAGCAGCGCCUCGUCAUGUCCUUGAUGCUGCUCCUCGCCGUGCUCAACAUCUACACCAUGAGGACGUGCCUCUCCGUGGCCAUCGUGCAGAUGGCCACGUCCAUCGUGCACAACUCCACGUACGAGGACCCUUACAAGUGUCACGUGACGCCCACCAACACUUCCGAGGUCAUCGUCUCCCCGCAGGAGCAGCGGCCGCCGGACUUCCACUGGGACGAGACGACGCAGGGCGUGGUGCUGAGCUCCUUCUACUACGGCUACAUCGUGUCGCACAUCCCCGGCGGCGUGCUGGCCGACCGCUUCGGCGGCAAGCACACCCUGGGGCUGGGCAUCCUGUCCACGGCGCUCACCACCCUGCUCACCCCGACCGCCGCCUACCUGGGGCCGGUCUACCUCAUCGGGCUCAGGAUCAUCAUGGGGCUGGGGGAGGGUGUCACUUUCCCGGCGGUGAGCGUCCUCCUCGCGCAUUGGGUGCCGCCCGCCGAGCGUAGCCGGCUGGGGUCCUUCGUCUUCGCCGGCGCGCAGCUCGGCACGGUGGCGGGCACGGCCAUCAGCGGCGUGCUGCUGGCGCACUUCGACUGGCCCGUCACCUUCUACUUCUUCGGCGCCGUGGGCGUGGUGUGGUACGCCCUGUGGGCCGUGCUGUGCUACUCCACGCCGGAGGAGCACCCCUUCAUCUCGGACGAGGAGCGCGACUAUUUGCACCGCGAGAUUAAGGCCUCCAAUCUCGGCAAGCGCAUCGCGCCGACGCCGUGGUUCGGCAUCCUCACCUCCCUGCCCGUGUGGGGUCUGGCCGUCGCCCAGGUCGGCCACGACUGGGGCUUCUUCACCAUGGUCACCGACCUGCCCAAGUACAUGAAGAGCGUGCUGCAGUUCAGCAUCGGCAAGAACGGCCUGUUGUCCGCGCUGCCGUACCUCGUCAUGUGGGUCUUCUCCAUGAUCUUCGGCGCCGUCGCCGACUGGAUCAUCGCAACCAAGAGGUGGAGGGUGGUCACCGUGCGCAAGUUCUUCACCACGCUGGCGUCCAUCCUGCCGGCGCUGGGCAUCAUCGGCGCGUCGUACGCGGGCUGCGAGUCCACCCUGGUGGUGGCGCUCUUCACGGCCGGCAUGGGCGGCAUGGGCGCCUUCUACCCGGGCAUGCGCGUCAACGGCCUGGACCUGUCCAAGCACUACGCGGGCACCGUCAUGGCCUUGGUGAACGGGCUGGGCGCCGUGUCCGGCAUGGUGUCCCCCAUCCUCAUCGGCCUGCUCACGCCGCACUCGUCGCUGCUGGAGUGGCGGACCACGUUCUGGAUCACGUUCGGCGUGCUCAUGGGCAGCAACGUGGUGUACUUGCUGACGGCGCAGGCCUCGGUGCAGCCCUGGGACCGGCAGCCCGACGAGAAGGAGGACGAGAAGCCCCCCGCCAUCCCCAUGACGUAGUGGGCACGCCCGCGGCGAGGCGACCGCCAUGAAAUAAUUUGACUUAGCCGACCAAGUUCACCAAGGUCAACGAGUUCCCCAACGUCGACCAAGUCGACGAAGUUCACCAAGUCGACCAAGUGAGGCGUGGCCGCUUCGGUUACGCGCGUCGAUCAGAGAAGAGCAGCCGAGUGUUCUGUGUGGCCGCGGGACGGAAAAAACACAGCGACACUAUCAGUGCAUCGACGUGCAUCAAAUGACUAUAAAUGACGUAACAGUUUCGGACAGCGACGCAAAACGGCUGUCCACAACCAAUGAACGGUCUGCCAUGGUCGAGGCCGUGGUUGUCACCAAGGCAUUCCCUGGUUACCAAGAGAAAAAUUGCUUGGAAUGUUGUUCCACUGCCCAAGCCAAUAUUUGAGCUCCGUUUUAUGUAGCUGCAACAAACCUUCCUUACUGCAUUCCGCUUUCAUUCUUUUUCUUUGCGCGCGAUUCGCAACUUCAAUUUUCGCGGCGUUCGAGCCACCUACAGUGCCGACGUGCCGGAUGGGUGGCCUACCUGGCCGGCGCCGCUGGUCGGUGCCGCUCACCUGACUCAACCGCUACACUGUCGUUCCCGGGCCCGACUCGCCGGGCAGGCCAGCCUUGCACGCGACGUGUUACUAUCACAGCGCGCCGCCGUCAGUAUUCGCCAUCCUGUUCAUGAAUAGCCAAUAAAAAACGAUCGUAACUUUUGCCAUCAAA